AAGAAGACGAAGUCGUGACGUAGGUAAUAAACAGGAAGUCACAGAAGGCGAGCAGACUGAGUGUUUGUGUUGGUCAAGUUUUAAUUUGAUCCAUAUAUAUCUAUAUAUCUAUAAACCCCACAAGGAUCUAAAGAUGGGGAAGCGGCAGCACCAAAAGGAUAAAAUGUACAUUACAUGUACAGAAUACACACAUUUCUACGGAGGGAAGAAAGCAGAAAUCCCACGGUCAAACUUCAGACGACUUCCCUUUGAUCACUGCAGCUUGUGCCUUCAGCCAUUCGAGUACCCUAUGUGUACUGAAGAGGGAGUCAUCUUUGACCUGCUGAGCAUCGUCCCAUGGAUCAAGAAGUUCGGGACUAACCCCGCCACUGGAGAGAAACUGGAAGCAAAGUCCCUCGUCAAGCUUAACUUUGCCAAGAACAGCGAUGGAAAGUAUCACUGCCCCGUUAUGUACAACAUCUUCACAAAUAACUCUCACAUUGUUGCCAACAAGGUCACCGGCAACGUGUUCUCCUAUGAGUCUGUGGAACAGCUCAACAUUAAGACCAAAAGUUAUAAAGAUUUGCUGACAGACGAACCCUUCACCAGGCAGGACAUCAUCACUCUUCAGGACCCAACAAACCUGGACAAAUUCAACGUCUCCAACUUCUUCCACGUAAAAAACAACCUGAAGGUGUUGGAUCCAGAUGAGGAAAAAGCCAAGCUGGACCCAGCGUACCACCUUAAGACCACCAAUCUGGAGACCAGGGAGACAUUAGCUGAGCUGUACAAAGACUACAAGGGGGAUCAGCUUCUGGCUUCCACCAUGAAGGAACCAGUGGCCAAGAAGACGGACAAACUCAAUGCUGCCCACUACUCGACAGGCAGAGUCUCUGCCUCCUUCACCUCCACAGCCAUGACUCCUGCAACAGUCCACGAAGCAGACGCCAUCGCAGACGACACUGUACGCUACCAGUACGUGAAGAAAAAGGGAUACGUCCGUGUGCACACCAACAAAGGGGACCUGAAUGUGGAGCUACACUGUGAUAAGGUUCCCAAAGCUGGAGAAAAUUUCAUCCGUCUGAGCAAAAAAGGAUACUACAAUGGGACAGUCUUCCACAGGUCCAUCCGCAAUUUCAUGAUUCAAGGAGGGGACCCCACUGGCACCGGCACAGGAGGAGAAUCCUUCUGGGGGAAACCUUUCAAGGAUGAGUUUCGACCCAACCUGUCCCACACCGGCCGAGGGGUCCUCAGCAUGGCAAACUCUGGUCCAAACACCAACAAGUCACAAUUCUUCAUCACGUUCAGAUCAUGCACCUACCUUGACAGAAAGCACACAGUAUUUGGAAGGAUCGUUGGAGGAUUCGAGGCGCUCACAGCCAUGGAGAACGUGGAGAGUGAUCCCAAAACAGACAAACCAAAGUCGGAGAUAAAGAUCAUAAGUAUGACCGUGUUUGUGGACCCGUAUGAAGAGGCUGACGCUCAGAUCGCAGCAGAGCGAGAGAAAGAUCUGCAGAAGCAGGAGGAGGAGAGGCAGCAGACCAACGAUGCCCUGAAGAAAGCAAAAGAGGAGGAGGCGCCCAAGACGUUCAAAGCUGGCGUGGGGAAAUACAUCAACCCUGCUACAGUAAAACGUCCGGCUGCUGAAGAUGAAAGCGGGCCGUCCACCAGCGGAGCAGUCCCAAAGAAGUCCAAAGGCAAGAGCACCUUUGGAGACUUCAGUUCCUGGUAGCACAAAAAGCAUUCAGCAUGCAGGCAAAAUAUAAUGCAUUCAUACUUCCCUCUUUUGUACCUUUUAGUUGUUUUUUUUCUUUCCUGUGACUCAAUGAAUUAAAUUUUCCUUUUCAAAAACA